ACAACGAAAACAAAAGUAUCAUUGCAGAAGCAGACGAAAGCAGUGUUUAGGUUAUGUUUUACUUCCUAUUUCGCUAAUUAUUUUGUGAUGCACAGAUUGUCAUCCCCUGAAACUAGCAGUGGCACGUGAAAUCUUGUGGUAGACAUCAUUCUCAAGGGAGUCAGUGUUUGAACUAUAGCGUAUUUAGUCAAAAAUGACAAUAACGGAUUAUAUAAACUCCCUAUCCGAUAACCCCUACUUUGGGGCCGGAUUUGGUCUGUUCACCGUUGGGGCUGCUGGGGCAGUAUUACGGAAAGGGUUCCAAGGCGCACAAAUAUUGUUUCGUCGGCAUUGUAUGACUACCAUGGAAGUUCACUCCCGAGAUAAAAGUUAUCAAUGGGUGUUGCAGUGGAUGACAGAAAAAGGAGCUAGGCAAACUCAGCACUUGAGCGUUGAGACAAGUUAUGAACAACUAGAGUCGGGACAUAUUAAAACAAAAUACGACUUCAUUCCUAGCAUUGGCCAGCACUUCUUCCAAUAUAAGAACACGUGGAUUAGAGUUGAGAGGAGUAGAGAGCAGCAGUCAACUAUGCUAGACAUGCCAUUUGAAACUGUUACCUUAACUGCCUUAAGUAGAGAUAAAAGUAUUUAUUUUUCAAUUCUUGAAGAAGCUCGGAAACAGGCUUUAAAAAAAGAGGAGGGGAAAUUAGUGAUGUAUACUGCUAUGGGAUCUGAAUGGCGGCCGUUUGGAAAUCCAAGACGCAAGCGAGAGUUGGCUUCAGUUGUACUGGACACUGGUGUGGCAGACCGGAUUAUGAAGGAUGUUCAGGAAUUUAUUGGAAACCCAGCCUGGUAUACAGACAGAGGCAUACCUUAUCGUCGAGGCUAUCUUCUCCAUGGACCCCCAGGCUGUGGAAAAUCUUCUUUUAUUACUGCUCUAGCAAGUGAGCUAGAUCUUAGCAUUUGUGUACUGAACCUCAGUGAACGAUCCCUCACUGACGACAGAUUGAAUCACCUUCUUGCUGUUGCUCCGCAACAGUCAAUCAUCUUACUUGAAGACAUUGAUGCUGCUUUUGUCAGUCGAGCAGAUUCCGAAAAAGUGGCUACAGCUUAUGAAGGCUUAAAUAGAGUCACUCUUAGUGGUCUUCUAAACUGCCUGGAUGGUGUUGCAUCAACAGAGGCUCGUAUUGUAUUUAUGACAACAAAUCACAUAGAAAGAUUGGAUAAAGCUCUGGUCAGACCAGGAAGGGUAGACAUGAAAGAGAAGAUUGGUCAUUGCAGUUCUGAUCAGCUCCGUAGAAUGUUUUUACGGUUUUACCCUGAAGAAUCCACUAGAGCUAAGCAAUAUGUCGAUAUUAUUACUAAAACUGGAAAACCCAUCUCCCCUGCCCAAGUCCAAGGAUUAUUCAUGCUCUUCAAAGAUGACCCUGAGGCCGUAUUAAAAAAUGCACACAAUUGGGAAGAAAUUCUGUGAGAACUUUGUAAAAAAAAAUGAUUGUACAUAUUCAAAAAUAAACUUCUAAAAAAAAGGCA